GCGUUCGUCAGGGCGGCCGGCCCUCCCGCGUUUGGCGAACGUUCAGUCGGGCCUGAGUACGCGCUAGUCGAUGAUCGUGUGCGGUAGACCGCUACUGAGCCAGUUUUUCUCGUCGCCCGCCGUCUCACGUGCUUUCGCUGUCGCGCUGCAGCAUGCAGCCCCAAUAGACACUGCGACAUUUAACUGAAAGUGGUGUUUUCUUUUCGGACUUGCAGGAGCACAGAUCGGCCAACAUGCACCACGUGACGGGAUCCCCGCAGCAGUUCUGCCUGCGAUGGAACAACUACCAGACCAACUUGACCAACGUCUUCGACCAGCUGUUGCAGAGCGAGUCCUUCGUGGACGUGACUCUGGCCUGUGACGGACACUCGGUGAAGGCCCACAAGAUGGUCCUGUCCGCGUGCAGUCCCUACUUCCAGUCUCUGUUCUUUGAGAACCCGUGCCAGCACCCCAUCGUGAUCAUGCGGGACAUCAAGUGGCCGGAGCUGAAGGCGGCCGUUGAGUUUAUGUACAAGGGGGAGAUCAACGUGUCCCAGGAUCAGAUCGGGCCGCUGCUCAAAGUGGCCGAGACGCUGAAGAUCAGAGGCCUGGCCGACGUGAACGGGGAGCAGGACAUCGCCUCGGCCACGGGCGAAGUGAUCGCCCGGCCUGCCUCAAAGCCAGCCCCAUCUGCGACCCCCACAGCCGCCCCCGAAUGGGGCCGAGAUUCGCGCUGUGCCGAUCAGCAAGGGCAGAAUGCCCACGAGGCCGAGGCUCAACGCGCCAAGAAACGUCGCCGAUCGGGCGAGCGGAGCAGCAUGAGCAGCCCUGCCGAAAGCGCCGGCACUGAGAUGCCCGAACCGCCACCAUCGGUGGAAAUGUCGCCUGCUCCCUCAGGCACCCCCCUGGUCGGCGCCCCGCCCGUGGAACCGUUGCCGUUGCCGUUGACGUUGCAAACGGCGCAACAGCAAGUGACCCACUCAGCUGGCACCAGCGACGACAUGGAGAUCAAGCCGGGUAUCGCGGAAAUGAUCCGAGAGGAGGAAAGGGUGAGUCCAGUUUGAUUUUUGCAGCUUUUU